AUGGCUACCAACCUGCCACCAGACAACCUCCCAUCAGAGCAGACACCAUCACCUACAUCCCAGGACAGGAAUUCAGAAAAAGAAGACUACAACCCUGAGGUUUGGCACUUGAAGUUCAGAACUUUCAGCCCCUCAGAGCAGUCGGACCCCAUCCAGGAUCUGAAGAGGAUCUCUGAACUAUGCUAUCAGUGGCUGAGACCAGACCUGAAUAGCAAGGAGGAGAUCCUGGAUCAGCUGGUGUUGGAGCAGUUCCUGAUCUCCAUGCCUCCAGAACUGCAGGCCUUAGUGAAGGAGAGCGGAGUGAAGAGCUGCACAGAGUUAGAGAAGAUGCUGAGGGAUGGCGGGAAACCACAACAUUGGUCCAUAAUCCACUCCCACGGACAACUAUAUCUCCUUCGGGAUUCAAGUCGUAAGGCUGAAGCCACAGAGGAUGAAUGGGAUGAUGUGGAAUUGUCCCAGGAGCACCCCUGAAAUGAGAGAGAGGAGCCUCUCAACAGAAGCCAGGCCAUCCAGCCAGGCCAGAACCUGGCAGAGACUGAAGAGCCAUCCAGCAGCCAGUUGAGCCUAAGUUUUGUUUAUAUGGCUCCCGAGAUCAGAGAACAGGAUGACCUGAGACCUGAGCAGAGUCUAGGGAGUGACUCCCUGAAGGGCUUGGACUUCCCUAUUGAUACCUCAGGACCCUCAGCAACAAAGGGUCCUGAUUCUGUCAGAGGAAAGGAUGUGAAGAUGCCCCAGGAAGAUACAAAUAUAGAUGCUGUCACACCGUUCACUCACGUUCUGGAAAGAAGAGAUUUAGCUGCACACACAGAUCUUCAGAGACUCUCUAGUUCCAAUGGAGAAAAGGUUCCCCCUUGUCAAGGAGGGGCCUCCUGUGUGGACAGGACAGAAGAUGGGCAGCUAGGGCUUCCUACCCUACGACCUGUGGAGCCUGUUCAUCAUCUUGCCGGCAAUACGAGUCCUCCCAUCCAGAAAGUACAGCCCCCAUAUCCUUUCAUCAGCCUGAUACAGUACAAAUUCUUUUCCCAGUAG